AUGCAGUUCACUGCCACUCUCACCCUUCUCAUCACCGCCAUCACCGCCAUCACCGGCGCCAGCGCCUCGGUCGACCAGUACGAUGGCGUCGUCUGCAACAUCGAUCACCUCUCCAAGACGAAUAAGAUCUUUAUGACAGCCCGCCACACACCCGGCGGCGCUUACCGGUACCUCAACGGCCUCAACGGCAAAGCCGUCCAAAGCGCUGGUCCCGGUCGCUGCACCCGCGUCUCCUGCGCCCACAAUCUCGGCGUCUACUUCUGCAACGACAACCGCCACACGAUCAAGGUGCCCUGGUCUAAGAUUGCCAAGUACGCCAACGACAUUGGCAUGAUCUGCGGCCGAACUGUCCACACGCCGAACAAGAAGGGGCAAAAAGACCCCUACGGCAGGGACCACUUUGGAAAGAUCCACAGCAAAGACCGCUGGAGUGUGUUUGUCAACGGCGACCGGUGCUAA